CAGGAGCGUAGAGGCGGCGGCAAAAUGGCGGCGCCUGAGGAGCAGGAUCUAACUCAGGAGCAGACCGAGAAGCUGCUGCAGUUUCAGGGACAUGUGUGUGCUGUGAAAGGCAGCAGUGUGUAAAUGCUUGCUUGUGAAGACUGAUUCUGGAAUAAGGCUGCCUGGAUUCGAUUCUGCCUUCUCCAGUUACUAACUUUCAGCUCUGGGAUCUGACUGGCAUAGAAUCCAUGGAGCAGUGUCGCCUUGCUUUGGAGCAGCAUAACUGGAAUAUGGAGGCUGCAGUCCAGGACAGACUGAAUGAGCAAGAGGGUGUACCGAGUGUUUUCAAUCCACCUCCGUCCCGACCCCUACAGGUUAAUACAGCUGAUCACAGGAUCUACAGCUAUGUUGUCUCAAGACCACAACCAAGGGGGCUGCUUGGAUGGGGUUAUUACUUGAUAAUGCUUCCAUUCCGGUUUACCUAUUACACGAUACUUGAUAUAUUUAGGUUUGCUCUUCGUUUUAUACGGCCUGACCCUCGCAGCCGGGUCACUGACCCUGUUGGGGACAUUGUUUCAUUUAUGCACUCUUUUGAAGAGAAAUAUGGGAGGGCACACCCUGUCUUCUACCAGGGAACGUACAGCCAGGCACUUAAUGAUGCCAAGCGGGAACUUCGAUUUCUUUUGGUUUAUCUUCAUGGAGAUGACCACCAGGACUCCGAUGAGUUCUGUCGCAACACUCUCUGUGCACCUGAAGUUGUCACACUGAUCAAUAGCAGGAUGCUCUUUUGGGCUUGUUCCACAAACAAACCUGAGGGGUACAGGGUCUCACAGGCUUUACGAGAGAAUACCUAUCCAUUCCUGGCUAUGAUUAUGUUGAAAGAUCGCCGAAUGACUGUGGUGGGACGGCUAGAAGGCCUCAUUCAGCCUGAUGACCUCAUCAACCAGCUGACAUUUAUUAUGGACGCAAACCAGACUUACCUGGUAUCAGAACGCCUGGAAAGGGAAGAAAGGAACCAGACCCAAGUGCUGAGACAACAGCAGGACGAAGCCUACCUGGCUUCCCUCAGGGCGGACCAGGAGAAAGAAAGGAAGAAGAGAGAGGAGCGGGAGAGGAAGCGCCGGAAGGAGGAGGAGGUGCAGCAGCAGAAGCUGGCGGAGGAGAGAAGGCGGCAGAAUUUACAGGAGGAAAAAGAAAGAAAGUUGGAAUGCCUGCCUCCUGAGCCAUCCCCAGAUGACCCUGAAAGUGUCAAGAUCAUUUUCAAGUUACCCAAUGAUUCCAGAGUAGAGAGACGAUUCCAUUUUUCACAGUCUCUAACAGUCAUCCAUGACUUCUUAUUCUCCUUGAAGGAAAGCCCUGAGAAGUUCCAGAUUGAAGCCAAUUUCCCAAGACGGGUCCUGCCCUGUGUCCCUUCAGAGGAAUGGCCCAACCCCCCCACGCUGCAGGAGGCGGGACUCAGCCACACAGAGGUUCUCUUUGUUCAGGACCUGACAGACGAGUGACAGUUUUAUGCCUCCUCCCUCCCACCCCAAUCCCUAAAAGAAAUGGAAAAACAAAAAGAGAGAACAAGAGAUAAAUUCAUAUUAUUAUUAUUAUAAUACAAUAUUUUUUUGAAGAAAACUGCUGCAUCCUAAGGAAGGAUCAGAAACCAUGCUGCCUGCAAGAGUCACAGCCUGUGUGCGUGUGCUAGGCCAGCAAUGAACACACCUGCUCGGCAGACUUACCUUCCCACAGCCUCUACCACACACCUUCCAGUGAAGAGACUUCUCCUCCAACCCAUCCAUUGUCCAAGUGGGGAAGGAGACAUUCCCACUGUCUCUCAUUCAUUCUUGCUUUUCUAGAAAAUACAAAUGGAAACCUCCAUCAACCAGCUACAGCAGCAUCUCCUGAGGAAGAGGGGAAGCCAGUAUGGAAAGGACAGCAGGCUGCCUGCAGUUUACGAAUAACUUUGUUUCUGUUUGUUUUGUAACGAUAAUGACCAAAGGAUUGAGGCUGACCUAGGUGUAUUUUUUUCCUUAAAUUUAUUUGAUAAAGAGCCAAUGCCGUGGGUUCCUUAGCCCAAGGUAGUGUAAUAAAGGUGCCCUGGGCUAAUUUGUGCUUAUGUCUGCCAUUGCCCCUCUCUUAUUCCCAGAGAGGUCAUUUGUUUGGGUACAGUUCUGCCACUUGUGUAUACCAUUUGGAGCAGUGAGAGGAAUUCUGGGUUCGUGACCCACAAAGGCUGUGUGUGUACAGUUUAUACCUGUGUGUGGGGUGUGUGCUCACCUUCACACAUAACUGCAGCUUUUCCUUGGCAUUUGUACCAGGUGGUGGUGGAGAGCUCUGGUUCUUCUCUGCACAUGCUGCUCUUCCCAGCUUUCCUAACUUGUCAAGCUUGGUGCCUUCCCAAAGGACUAGUGGGACCCACCCUUGGGCCCACCGUUCCACCUGCGGGUGCCCGUCCUGUUGGAGUGCAAGUGUGAUAAUGAUGUUUUAAACAUAGAACCAUAGCCGGCAUGGUGGUCACACUUGGAGUCCCAGCAGUGGGAGAGAGAGGAAGUCAGAGCUCUGAUUUUCAGGCCAUCCAGAGCUACAUAGUGAGACCCUGUCUGGAAACAAGGGGAAAUGAGAUUCCCGGCCUGUGUAAGUUGUUGGAAGGCACACUUCGCUCUCUGAUGAGGCCACUUAGCAGAGGCAGCUCUUAGCCUUUCUCCUUUGCCAUGGUGAAGCAGUGGGAGCUUUCUCCUCUAAAUGUCUCGUCUGUGGUUGAGUUCAUGGUAGUGGGUACAUGGUUAGGCCAUGCAUUAACACACACCAGUGUGCACUGACAAGUUUUCCAAAGUGUGGACUAGCUAGACUGAUACAGGCUUCAUACUGCCACCCUUUGAAUUGACUGUAGUCAUUAGUGUACCAUGAAGCAAGGCAUUCCAUUCAAGAGAAAGCAUAGCUUGUGUUGGUCACCUCCAGAAGCCCCUCUUAACUAAAGCCACUGCUCUCUGUAACAGUGUGCUCCUGUUCUCUGUAGCUUUCCACUGUUAGAAUAAGCAUAGUGAGGCUGCCUCAUGGAGUCCUUUGGAAAACCUGAGAAUGUCUGUCCUGUGGCCUUAGUGCAGGGCUCGAAAUUCUACCUUAGGAAACGUUAGCUCUGCUGACUGGCUGCCAGGGCGGGUGAGAAACCACACCUGAUGCCCAACAGCAGAGAUGGGCCUAGAUGGCCCUGAGGUGAAGUCUUGUCAGUGACAGCCCCGCAGAGGGACUUUGUCACCUGAAGCCUCUCUCCCAGUGUGUAGGCUGUCUGCCUGGCACACAGGCAGGUGUACUAUGGAAGUCUUGCUCACACCUGCUUGAGGAAGUUCUGAUUCCCCCCCUUAAUCUCAUUCUGUAACGUGUGCAUUUUAUGCUUCUCACCUUUUGAUAGCUACAAAAAGAUACUAGAGGGCGGAGGAAAACCAGGGGACCUCUGAGGACAGCCUGUUCGUGGACUGGAGGCUUUGUGUGAAGUACCUGCCCAACUCUUGUCAUCUCCCCCCUCCCCUUAGCUUUUUUCUCAGCUUUGGUGGCCCAGGCUGGCCUUGCUCGUCCCCUCCCGCUUCCCACUCUCAUGUGCGGGGCCAUGGGUGUGCACCACCACACCAGGCUCGACAGUGGCUGUGGAACAGUGACAUUUUCCUGCUGCCCUAGUUCUGCUGUCUGGGUGGCAGUUCCCCCUUCCUGGGUGGAAUAGGGAUUUGACAUAGUGCCCUUCAUGCCACACAGUCUGUGACUCCCUAAGACCUGUGAGCCUGAAGAGAUCUAGCUUUUGCUGGUGUCUAAAUUGCUUCUGGGCAAGUCAUGGAUGAUAGAAGCAUUUAUUUCCAGUUCUGUCCCUUGCUCCCCAUGGAAGUAGUCUCAGCUGAAUGGCCAUGGGGAUGACCAGGCAGUGGUGCCUGAGUGAGUUGAAGUUUUGCAGCCUCAGUGGGUCCUGUCUGGUCUUCCUCUGCUGAGUUGUCUGCAGCAGAUAGGUUUUUUUUUUUCCUCCUGGCUUGCUUCCACAUGAGAUAAUAGAGAAGAGAUGGCAAGAGAGUCCUGUCUCUUUAAAACUAGAGUCUCCAACUGAUCAGCUAUUACGAAAAUUGCUAAUGGUGCCAAGGCCAACGAAAGAGUUUCAGAAAUGGACUGAGAAGGAGCAGUAUCCCCCAGAACACAAAGUCAGGUGUCACCCGGUGCUGAACAGGGACCACCACCUUCCAGCUGGUUGGCUUUUCUGUUUGUCUGGGGGAGGUUCUGACUUGAGAAGAACACAGCAACAGAAUAUCCAUCCACAAAAGAUGCAGUGCCCCAUCCUGUGCUGCAGCUGAGUAGUUAACAAUUUCCUGAAGAAAUCUAGUGUACUUCAAAUUUUUUCAUAAAGGUUUACAUUGUAUUGUAGGUUAACAUUAAACGUUUUAUAACAAAAAAUUA